CGCGGCGUCUCUGACGGGAGAGACUCGGCUCGGAGCACGCGCGCCUUCAGUAGCGUCGCAGCCGCAGUCCAGGCCACGAGGAUAUGUCCUCUGCGCAUGCGCGGGCCUGGUGCGGCCUGGGUCCGCGUGGCGGCGCCCUGGUCGCGGCCUGCUGCCACCUGGUUAUUGGAUUCGUAGCAUCAGUGGCCAUAUUCCAUGUAUGCGCUUCCGUGGAAGAGGAGGAAGACUCCAGCGAGGAAUACUUGGAAGGAACAGGCUUCGUGCUGAUCACCACGGGACUGGAGGCGCUCAUCAGGAUGGUCCUGAGCAUGUUUCUCGCCUACGCCAUCUACCAGGAGUCCCGGGGCUGCGUGCUGCUGUGGCUGCUGGUCAACUCCGCGUGUCUGGGCGCCGCUCUGCUGUGGAUGCUGGCCUUCAUGGUGCUCGCCGCUUCCUCCGACGAGGACUGGCUGGUGGGCUUCGGCCUCAGCGGGGCCGACGCAGCUCUUCGGGCGUACUCCCUCCAGUUGGUCCACAGAUACUACAGCAGCCUGAGAGAGCGCAACACAGGUGCCAUUCAUCCGAGAUUAUCGCAGAAGCCACCAGAGAACGCUCAUGUGCACGCCUAGCACAGUCUGGUUAGCUUGGCUUGAAACUUGGACUGGUUGUUACAUGCUGUUACGUAUUAUGAGCACAAGAUUGUCUGUUAAAUAUAAUCUUUUGGUUCGUCUAAUUGUCACUGUGUUUUACAAGGUUGUGGUUUGUCUGUUCUUGUUGCAACUGUCUCAUCGUUGUUAGUCUACUGUAUUUGUUUGUGUUGUAAUUUAUUUAUUAAUUCUUACCAAAUUCCUUUAACAUAAUUAUCUAUGCUAUCCAGUGGUUCACAUUCCUGAGGUUUUGUUGUGAUAUCAGGCGUAAUGCAGCAAUGCCGUAUGUCCAUGCAAUUAUUUUGAGCGUUUCGUAAUAUUAGGUUCUAUGUCAAUUCACGUGAAAGCAAAUCAUACCCAUGGAGCGUAUGUGGUUUGAAACAGACAAAUGUUCUAAAGGUUUGUGGAAAAUGCACAAACUUUAUUUUCAUCUACGAUGGACUUCAUUAUUGACCUUAUAAUAACAUGUCAUUGCUACGAUAAGAAUUCAUAUUUCAGAUGGUUUUAGAUAUUUCAGGUUCGUAAUGGCCUGGUGACAGAGGCCAGAUUUAGAUCAAUAACAGAACAUAUUGUAAACCAUAAGCGUUUAAAAAAUGCAAUAACCCGAAGUUACAAGAAAACAAGAAGUUAACUUGGUGACCUCGUUAUCACAUUAUCUACUGAUUAUGAUUUUUUUUAGUGAUCAUUUUGAUUAUUAAAUUGUUAUUAAAAUGGUUUGCCACAUAUGUCAUUAAUAUUUUUAUUUGAACGCAUGUGUAUGUACACGAAAAUAAAAAAUAAAAGUUACAUUUU